AUUAUAUUUCAAUAUAGACCCAGAAAAAAAAAAAAAAUCCAAUCCCUACUUAUUCAAAAAUUAUUUGGAAAGAGCUGUAGUAGUUUUUGUUGCCAUGCAGUGUUUUAGGAGAAAAUUACAUCCAAGGUGCCUUUUAUCCCAAUGGGCCUUUAGUCAUUCAUUCUACCCCAUCGAAAAGAGUAUGUGUGAGGGACUAAAUCUUAUAGAAAAUAAAGUAAAAUAAAUUGUCAAAUAUGAUUAAUGGAUUCACAAACAAUUAAUUAAAGCUGCAUACAGUACCUUGGUAAAAAAAAAAAAAAAAAAAAAAAAAAAAAAUCUUUAAAAAUUCAUUUUUGUAAAAAAAAAAAAAAAAAAAAAGAUAAAAACCUAAUUAUUUGUGUUUAUAAUAGUAGGAAGGGAAGAAUGAUACCUACAACGCCUCUCUGCAUAUAAUAUUUAGAGAUGUGUUUUUGGUGAUGGUUGGCAACUUGGCAGUGAACAGAAAUAUCGAGAGGGCGAUGAAUGCCGGUAGGUGGCAAUCCCACAUCAAUUUGUGCCAAAAAAGAGGGGGAAAAAAUCACUACGGAGAAAAUCCACACAUAUUAAUAAAGCCAAGUUUAAAUAAAGAUAUCACGCUGUUCUUUUGGCUUUGGACGAAAAGAGCAAGUAAAGACUACGCGCGCGCGCGCGCACACACACACACACACACACACACACACAAUGAUGCGCAUCAUUCAGCAACAGAUGCGUUUCAAACGCGCAGUGUCAGGUUUAAUACAUCAUCCGUCAAUCGCUGCAAAUAUUCCGUUCUCCUGAGCCACAUUUUCACAGACGGUGCCUCUUUCCGUGUGCUUACACUUUCUAUUUACAUUUUCUGACGAAACAUUGAGCUGGCCGGCGCAACAACGAUUUGUAAGCAACACGAAAGAAGGGGAAAACUGCAGCGCUAAACAAACGUCGCUUUAAAUGAGCCCAGACGUUGUGAGCUGAGAUUCACGUAGGGACCGUAUUAAGUUUAAUACGCUGACAUUAAACGACAGAAUUAGCUAGAAGAUCCCUUACCAACACGAAUUAAAAUGUUAUUGUUGGAUGUUGAGUCUCAUGGAUUCAGUCGAGCCGAUUGUUCAACUUUGAGGAGGCUCUGCAGUGGACAUCGCUCACGAGAAAUGAAGGCGAGAGGAAGGAGUGCAGACUCAAGGAAGCUGUGAGGUGAUGCUGUAACACAUUCAACAGCAUUCAGCGGACUCAGCACGUUAUGUUACAUCUAUGGACUGCGGUGGUGGAUGUGGGCAUGAUCUGAGGAGCGUGGGGCCAGUAUGAGUUGAAGAACGGCGGUAUAUGGCAGUGGUUUUAAAGGGCACAUCUCGAUCAGAGAAACCUACCAAGUACUAACUCUACUGGAUUUUACCCAAAGGGAGGCUGUUGAAAACCCAUGUGGUUUAGACAUUUCUUUCCCGGAUGUGGAUACUGGGCUUAUUUAUGUGUCCAGCAAAGAAUACCAUCGGUGGUAGAUUUAUUGCCCUUUUUCUUUACAGAUUUUGUAGAAGAUCUUCCAGCCCCCCUCCCCCUUUUUUGCACCUGCUUUGCUUUGUCAAAGCUCACCGAGCGCUUUAGAGCGCGCUGCUCUUACUUGCAUCUCCGUACAUCGUGCAUGGAUUCUACAUGAACUGGGGUUUUGUGAGGGCUGCAGUGAUGCUCCCAUUUACUGAUAUCGCCUCACAGCUCGCAUUUCUUGACAAAAAUGGACUGCCUAUAAAUGUUUGGGGAGAGAAUAUCAGCGGGCAUUAAAUUAUGAAUGUUGAACAAGAUGACCUCUUACCAUCAGCGCCAGAUGUUGAGAGGUCCUAGAUGGAAAGGGGCUUGGUUUGACCCCUUGUUUCUCCUGCUUUUAGCCCUGCAGUUGCUUGUUGUUGCCGGACUGGUGCGAGCCCAGACCUGUCCCUCUGUGUGUUCCUGCAGUAAUCAAUUUAGUAAGGUCAUCUGCACACGCAGAGGGCUAAAGGAUGUCCCUGAUGGCAUCUCCACCAAUACACGGUAUCUUAACCUUCAGGACAAUCAAAUCCAGGUCAUCAAAGUAGACAGUUUCAAGCAUCUACGACACCUUGAGAUUCUUCAGCUUAGCAGAAACCACAUCCGCAACAUUGAGAUUGGCGCCUUUAACGGCUUAACCAGCCUUAACACUCUAGAGCUUUUUGACAAUCGCCUCACGACCAUCCCAAAUGGCGCCUUUGAGUAUCUAUCAAAACUGAAAGAGCUGUGGCUUAGGAAUAACCCAAUUGAGAGCAUACCGUCUGAUGCCUUCAGUCGCUUGCCCUCCCUGCGGCGGUUGGACUUGGGAGAGCUGAAGCGUCUCUCCUACAUCUCAAGUGGAGCAUUUCAGGGCUUGAGUAACCUUCGCUACCUGAAUCUGGGCAUGUGUAACCUCAAAGAGGUCCCCAACAUUCAGCCCUUGAUUCGCCUGGAUGAGCUGGAGAUGUCCGGGAACCAGCUCACCGUCAUCCAACCCAGUUCUUUUAAGGGUCUUGUCCAUCUUCAGAAGCUGUGGAUGAUGCACGCCCAAGUCCAAACCAUAGAGCGGAACUCCUUCGAUGACCUGCACUCUUUGCGAGAGCUCAACCUGGCUCACAACAACCUUACCUUUUUGCCCCAUGAUCUCUUCACACCUUUGCACCACCUGCAGCGAGUGCAUUUGCAUCACAAUCCCUGGAACUGUAAUUGUGAUAUUCUUUGGCUGAGCUGGUGGCUGAGAGAGACCGUACCAACGAACACCAGCUGCUGCGCACGCUGUAAUUCCCCUCCCAGCCUCAAGGGGCGCUACAUAGGUGAGCUGGACCAGAGCUACUUUCAGUGCUACGCCCCCAUUAUUGUCGAACCACCUGUCGACCUCAAUUUGACUGAAGGAAUGGCAGCAGAACUCAAAUGUCGGACAAAUUCAGUGACCUCGGUCAGCUGGCUAACACCAAAUGGCUCCAUCAUAACACAUGGGGCGCUAAAAAUGCGCAUUUCCGUCCAAAACGACGGAACGCUAAAUUUCACCAAUGUCACCAUCCAGGACACAGGAACCUACACUUGCAUCGUAAGCAACAUGCUAGGCAACAUUUCAGCCUCUGCUGUCCUCAAUGUGACAUCUGUUGACAACAGUGGCUUUAGUUACUUCACUACGGUCACUGUAGAGACGAUUGAAACUCCUAUCGAUGGGGAGAGUAGGACACCGGUGCAGCCUUCUUUCGGCUGGGCAUCAUCCUCAACCACAAGGGGAACACCCAUUGCCACUGAGAGAGCGUACACUAUUCCUGUGACUGACAUAGACAUUGAUGGCGCUCUCAAUGGUUUGGAGGAGGUGAUGAAAACCACCAAGAUUAUUAUCGGCUGUUUUGUGGCCAUCACGCUCAUGGCUGCCGUCAUGCUUAUAAUAUUCUACAAGAUGCGCAAGCAGCACCACCAGCAGGAUCAUGAUGGGCCGAGCCGCACCAUUGAGAUCAUCAACGUCCACGAGGAGCUGGCGAGGGUUCCGGCCAUGGAGAGUCACCUGACUCUUCCGCCCCUGGAGCAUAAUCAUUACAACCAUUAUAACUCCUACAAAACUACUUAUAACCAUGUGUCCACUCUCAGCUCGCUGCAUAGUUCAGUGCAUGAACCUUUACUAAUCCAAGCCAGCUCAAAGGAUAACGUACAGGAGACGCAAAUUUGACCAUGUUGGACGAACUGAAUUCUACUAAUGCUGUUUAAAUUUUGGUUGCGGACACGCUGUCGUCAUGAAGAUUACAGUGCGCAUUUAGGCGUUCAGCAAUGUCAAUGAGAGCCAGGGUGUAUGUAUCAUUAUUUUAACAAGUGUCUUUACAAAUCUUAUUUAUUUAAAGAUAUGUGAAGUGACUGAAUCAUCAAAUCAUAAGACAAAAAAAGUUAAUGUCUUCUUUUUUUCUUCUUCUUUUCAUUUCUAUAUUUUGUAAACUGAGAGAACGAAUGGUUUACUUUUGUGUGCUGGUUGAAUUAAGGUCAACUCCUGCACUUAUGAGAGAAAUGAGACGACCGUUGUUGUUUUUGUUUUUUUAGUUGUGGCAUUUUACAUCCCAUUGCUCCAGUGUGUUUUCGUUUUUUGAGACAGUAAAAAACAAAGAAAAAACUGGCUACUGAAAACAGCAGACUUUAAAUCGCAUGGAGCACUUAGGUAUGAAUGGUGGGCCUGAUGGAUGCAGCGACUCUAGAGAGGUGUAUAAAUGGUUACAUUUCCCCAUGAAAAAAUCCUGUUAUUAAAGAAAAAAGGGAAAGCUUUCAUUAUCAGGGCCUGGAUUAUUCUGCGAAUGCAGCUAGUGUCAAAGGAAACAUUUCUAGUAUUUAUAGAAGCCACCGUUCUGAACAAACAUCAAUUUACUUCAAUUCAGAAAUUAGGUUUGCAUAAUUGCCUUGAAUUACAGUUCUUAAGUCAUGUUAUUAUCUAAAACGUGGCAUUGGAAAUUCAGCAUUUAGUUUUUCCCCCUCCUAAAUCUGUAAAUAUAUUUAUAACUGUAAAUGCCACAAACCUAUAAAUAUAAAUAUGAAUUUCUAUACAUUAUUAAACAUCAGGGUAGUCAAAUUAUAGCCCCAAUUCCACAUGUGUGUGGGAUAUAAUAGUAUGAUCAUGGAAACAACCCUGAGUAGCUGAGGACAAGGGAAUAUGAUUCUAAGAUUAUGUAGGUUUCAGACAAAAAUGGCUACAAGGAAAUAAAUGACGAAAUAAAAAGUAGCCACUAUGUUUCUAUGGAAACCAAUAACCUUGUGAAAAACACACUGGACAAAAUCAGAGUGCACCCAGUGCAUAAAACAUGUAUUGUUUAUUUCAGAACUGCAUUAUUUUCUAUAAAAGUGAUUUUUUUAAGCAUAGGUUUUUUACUGUGACUGUGUGCUUUUGUAUGUUUGUGAGUUGUAUCUGCCAUAUACUGUACCAUCAAUUAUUAUUUUACCAUUGUGUAUAGAAUUUCAUGUUCAUUCUAUUUUAAAUUAAUAGUUUUUUCUGGAAUGGUUUAUUCGACUGGCAACUGCAUACCUCGCCUAACAUGAUGAUGAUGAUGAUAAUAAUGAGUGUGUGAAUGUGUCUGUAAGUCCAUAUGUGCAAAGAGUUGUUUCUUUGUAUGCUCUACCAUGAAACUGUUUUUCACCAGCUUGUGUAUUGCUUUCUCAAAACAUUGUUAAAAGCUUAUGUGUGAUGUCUCUCUCCCCCCUUUUAAUCAUUUUGGACGGCAUGAUAAGAAGAUGUGAUACUGGUCUCACCAGUCAACCGCUGAAGUAAACCUAAUAGGUUCAUAUUUCAAAGGCAUCAGAAAGGUACAUGAAGAAUAUACCUCUAAUUCAUCACAUGUGUUUGCCAGCAAGGAAUUUAUCACUCAGCAUUUUGUAUGUAAAGUUGUACUCUUACAUUUUAGCAUUGAAUUAACAGAGUCAUCUACUGAAUGUGACAAAUUUCAAGAAAACAGAUUUCAUCGUACAUGAUUCCUUUUAUAUAUAACUCUACAUGUUUAUUUUUUGGUGGCCCCAGUCUUUUAAUUUCACCCUCAUUGCCAUUAAUAAAUGGAAGAUGAAUUGUAACCAAGCAUUUCAUAAAGGAUAAACUGUUGCUUCCCAGCAUAUGUGUUUUUUUAAUCAAUUAUUUUUUGUAACCAAUUAAAAAAUGUUCCUACCAUUUUUAUUGUACAUAAUAGGUGGGAUAAAUUGGGACACUAGAAAAAAACAGCACUGUGCUGUUGAAAAAAAGAAGAAAAUGUCUCUGUUUUCAGAGGGUCUGUACAUGAAUGCUAGCUUGCUCCUAUCUGCUUCAGUGUUCUUGAGCACUGCAUCAGUUACAGAAGCUACAAUGACUAGAUCAUUGAAACCUACAUGGCCUACAUAGAAAAUCUGUGGUGUUGGACUAAGCGGAUUCUCUUUUGUUUUCUUCUUGUGAUUUGUUUGUUAUUGGUAACUCAUUUUAGAUUUCUAUGCUGAACUGAAGUGAUUUUUUUGGCAAGAGAAUGUCUCUUUAUUGACAUAUUUCUACAAGAACUGUUAUUGAAAAUAACCAAUAAUAUUUCUGUCAAACUACAUAUUUGCUGAUCAAUUCAUAAUGCUAUGGGGAUACAGCUAACUAAGCGUUAACCAUGAAAAAAUAUAAAAUACCAGAGAUUGUAGUUCAUACGGUACAUGCUGUAAAUGUAAAUAAAAUGUUUUUUUCUAAA